GCUACGAAACAUUACGGUGCGAAUGAUAUUCGUGUCUCGCUCUAGAGCAAACCACCAGUGCGUUGUGCUCAUGCGCUGAAACCGAGGAUGCACAGAAACUCAUUUUGUAUCGUCAGUUUGGCGUGUUUAUAGGUUAUAAGCUCCAAAGCCUACGUUGCUUAUUGAAGGAGGAAAUUAUACGCAUCCAUCAUUAAAUCAAAAUGAGUAAAAGUUGUUAUUUGUGUGACCGCAAGCCGUCGAAGAAUAAAUACAUUUCUGUACAUGGAUUUCCAAAGAACGCAACUCUCCGUCAGAAAUGGAAGAAUGCUUGUGGAUUAACCGAAAAAGAUGAUGUAUCCCGUAUUUACAUUUGUUCAAUUCACUUUACCUCUGAAAAUAUGAAAGUAAUAGAGGUUUUUGGCAAUCCAAGGAUAAUUCUGAAGCCUGGGUCAGUUCCUUCAAUAUCUAUUCCUUCAUCUCAAUUUGAAAUGAUAUUAUGUGACAGUAAAAAAAAUGCAACAUCAUUAAUAAGUGAUAACAUCAUCAAAGAAAAUGCAACAUCAUUAAUAAGUGAUAACAUCAUCAAAGAAAAUGCAACAUCAGAAAAUGUCGACGUUUGUUUAUCAUCGAUGGACUCUGCAUCUGUUCUUCAAAAACCUAUAGAUUUAGAACAUAUGGAUGUUGACGUUAAUUCUUCUUCUCAGAAUCGUGAUCGUUCUAAUGAAAAUGAAAUCGGUACUCCUAAGAAGCGUCGAUUUCAUGAGCCACGCUUCAUCUCGGAAAUUACAUUACUCGAUUUGUCCACUCCAAGAAAAGCUCAGCGAAUGCUAAAGUUUAUAAAAAACAAGAAUCAAGAGAAGGCAAAGAAAAUUCAACGCUUGCAAAGCAUCAACAGAUAUCAAAAAAUACGUAUCACCUCAUUAGAAAAUACGAUAAAACAUUUAAAAGAUAAAGGAUGUCCCAUGAAGCAGAAGAUUCAUUAACGAUAACAUAAACAUUGACAUAAUUUCAUUUCAAUCACAUUCCAAUCGCCGUAUAAUUGUACAUAAAAUAAACUUUUUA